AUGGCCCAAAAAGGAAUCCACUGUCACUCAGCUCAUUCAUCGCCUCUUCAUCUCAUCGCAUCCUCAAGUCUCUCCGUUUCUCGUCGCACCAUGCUCUUCUACCUUACAUCGCGCAUCGUCAGCGCGGUCGGGGCGUUUCUUUAUCCUGGUUACGCGUCAUAUAAGACAUUGAGUCAGCGGCCAGCGUCUGAAGAGGAGAUUGAGCGAUGGCUUAUGUACUGGACUGUGCUUGGCUGCAUAGUCGGUGUCGAAUAUGUUGCGGAGUGGGCCGUCUGCUGGAUUCCUCUAUACUAUCCUAUCAAAACACUCUUCCUCCUCUACCUUGCCCUCCCGCAGACCCGUGGUGCGACGUUCAUCUACACCGUCCACCUCCGCCCUUUGUUCGCUGCACAUGAGGCUGAUAUCGAUUCGGCUCUUGCUCAGCUGCGGGUCUACGUCUACAACUUGCUCCAGUCCCAGCUUCGCUCAUUAUGGGCUUACUUGGGCGCUGCUGCUGGACAGACACCCGAAUCUGGUCCCCCAACUCAAGCCUCUCCUCAGGCCGAUCCCAACACCGCAGGCUUGAAUUUACCUGGCGCAAUUGGCAGUUUCUGGCGGACAUAUGGCCCGGGUAUCAUGGCCAGCGGCGCUGCCUUACUUCAGCCGGCAGCCGUCCCAACACAAGCUCAGCGUCCUGCAGAAACCCGAUCUGUACUGGAGCGUCGUCGACAACUGGAAGCAGAACUCGCGGCUCUUUCUGCAGCCGACCCCAUUGCAAUGCCAAUGCCAUCCCCUUCGACCACUUAUUCAGCACGAAGCUCUGAUGCCAGUCUCCACCAACGGAAUAGGGCAGACAGUUCACAAUUCCGCUUUGAGGAGGUCGAGGUCCCAAGCGAUGUCGAGGGUUACGACACGCGGGAUGAUUCAGAUGGCCCGAACGCUGCCAGACCCUCGCCCGCCCAGCGCGGAAGCUGGUUUGCCUGGGGAGGUGCCGCAAGACAAGGCUAUGAACGCGUUAAGACAGAGUAA